AGCAGCAGCAGCAGAAACAGCAGCAGCAGUAGGUGAAGCAUCAGAACCAGACACUAAGAUAGAAAAGAUUGUGCUAUACAACAUGUGGACCCCUUACCGUGCCAGUGACGUCACUGAUAUAUAACCCUUUAAGUCUUAAAAAUAAUAAUGGAUAUCAUGAAUCUACUGUGGAAACAAACGAGCUGGUAUUUAGUGUAUAUAAUAUUUUGACAAAGCAUUUUGGAAAGAAACCUCGACGGAGACGACGACGACGAAGGAAAUCGGUAGAAGAAGCAACGUAACCGCCACCACCUCCAGGGAAAGAAUACAUAUAUAUACAUAUAUAAAUAUAUAUAUAUCUCCCUUACAACAAACAACAAGUUAAUGGGUAUAAACCCUAUGAAAAUGACACAAACCACAAAGGGAAAACGCACCGAUAGAAUGAAAUAAAGAACGAUUUCCAUGAUCUAAAGGAAUCCGAAACACACAAAUAUACAAGUGGACUAGUUGUUAUUUUUUUUUCUACUCCCUCUCUCUCUCGCUCGCGCUCUCUCUCUCUCUCUCUCCCUGUGUUUGUGUAUGUUUGUGAACCUUAAAGGGAACAAGACGAACGAACGAACGGACGAACGUACGAACGAACGAACGAACGAAUGCGUGUAUGAAUACAUAAAUAUAUAUGAAUAUAUGAAUAUAUAUAUGAAUAUAUAUGUAUAUAUAAAUACAUGAAUGACUGAAGGAUUAUCUUUGCGGACGAAAUGACAAGAAACAUGCAGUUGUCCUUUGGAGUACCGAUCUGUUUUUUCUUAUUCCUCUGUCUAUGUGCUACGCUAAGUAAUGGACUGCUUCAUACAGGCAAAGGAUCACAGAAACACAUAUCUAUAGGCUCUGUGUUUGAUGUUGAGUCGGAGAAGAUAAAAACGGCGUUUCGUUUUGCUGUUGGCCGUUUUAACACGAUGGAAAGCUCAACACAGAUAAAGCUCAACGCUGUCAGUGAAGACAUUGAUGACACGGACAGCUUCUCUUUAGGCAAUGCACUGUGCACAAUAAUGUCGAAAGAAGUUUUCGCUGUUUUCGGAAAGGCAAACACAUCAAUGCUUGCUACAGUCAAGUCGUACAGUAACACAUUUCAGAUUCCAUAUCUGACUACAAGUAUGGCGAUGAAUACUUCAGACCCAACACCUUAUAUACUCUUCCUCCGACCUAUGUAUGUAAAGGCCAUUGUUGAUUUGAUACACCAUUUUCAAUGGGAUGUUGUUCACUAUGUCUAUAUAUCCAAUGAAGGUCUGAUGCGAGUACAGCAGCUGUUUCAGGUGAUGGGAAAAAGUGAACACCAGGUUACACUUAAUGUGAAACGUGCGACCGACGUCAACAGUAGCUACGCUAUUCUCAAAGAUUUGCAUGAAAAAGAGCCUGAAAUAAACUUCCACACAGUACUGGACAUGUCCAUUCAAAUGGCCAGUAAUUUAAUGAAGCAAUUAGGUAUCCAAGAAUUAAAUUUAAAAGAAAUGCCAAACUACGGCUGUAAUGUGAGCGGCUUUCAAUUAGUCGACUUCAAUAAUAUGACAGUCAAAGUCUUUCUAUCAUCUUGGUUAACAAUAGACCCAACAGAAUGGCCAGGGGCCGGUGUUAACACCAUAACGUACGAAGCAGCCCUAGCAGUUGACGCAGUCAGUCUGUUCACUCGUGCUAUGAAAAACCUUUCAAACAAUGGCUUGUUUGAGUCGUUAUUCAUCCGGUCUAAAAGUGGAACAAACAGCAGCAAGAGCUGUGCUACAGUCCAAAAACUGAAUGUUUGGAAUAAAGGCAAAAUAGUCUUAAAAGCAAUGAAAGAGACGGAGUUUGACGGGUUAACCGGGCGCGUGGCGUUUGAUGCGAGGGGCCACCGCAGGGACUUCACACUAGAUGUUCUGGAUUUAGGGGUCACACAAGGAGUCAUGAAGAUUGGUUACUGGACACAAAAUGAGGGUUUAGUCAUCCUGAAGCGCAAAAUCGUUCGUGACCCUCAUGAAAACAACGCAGAAAACAGGACCAGAAUUGUUACUACAAUUCAGGCAGAUCCUUACAUCAUGAAAAAACCGCAGCCAGUCAACGGGCAUCCUCUUAUUGGCAACGAUAAAUAUGAAGGUUACUGCGUAGAUUUGGCGCGAAAGGUCGCGCACGAAGUAGGUUUUGAUUACGUCUUCCAAAUGGUUAAAGAUGGCUCCUAUGGUUCGAAACUACCAAAUGACUCAUGGAACGGAAUGGUCGGAGAAUUAAUUAGAUUAGAAGCUGAUAUGGCUAUUGCGCCAUUAACAAUCUCAGCUGUUCGUGAGAGGGUGAUAGAUUUCUCGAAGCCCUUCAUGAGCUUAGGCAUCAGUAUUAUGAUCAAGAAACCAGCCGACCAGAAAGCCCACGUGUUCUCGUUCCUGGAUCCACUCUCCUACGAGAUCUGGAUGUGCAUCCUUUUCGCGUUCAUCGGAGUGAGUGUUGUGCUGUUCUUGGUUAGUCGCUUCAGCCCUAACGAGUGGCACGUGGAAGAUGAGUCGAAUAUCACUAACGAUUUUACUAUUUCCAACAGCCUCUGGUUUUCGCUGGGCGCCUUCAUGCAACAGGGAUGCGACUUUUCGCCAAGAUCGAUUUCGGGUCGGAUUGUGGGAAGCGUGUGGUGGUUUUUCACCUUGAUUAUUAUUUCGUCCUAUACAGCCAACCUGGCUGCUUUCUUAACAGUAGAGAGAAUGUCGACACCAAUUGAAUCCGCAGAGGAUUUAGCUAAACAAACAGAAAUUGAAUAUGGCACAUUGAGAUCAGGAACAACGGAGGCAUUUUUCAAGACUUCUAAAGUUGCGGUAUAUGAGAGAAUGUGGGCUUACAUGACAUCAAAGACCCCCAGCGUUUUUACAGUUAAAAUUGACGAAGGUAUCAAUCGGGUACGACAGUCCAACGGGAAAUACGCUUUCCUGGUCGAAUCAGCCACCAAUGACUAUAUCAACAACAGAUAUCCAUGUGAUACGAUGAAAGUUGGAUCAAAUCUCGAUUCCAAAGGAUUUGGUAUCGCAACCCCGGCUGGGUCCGACUUGGGAGAUAAACUCACCUUAGCCGUGCUUAAGCUACGGGAAGACGGAGAGCUGGAUAAACUACAAAAGUUUUGGUGGGUUGAAAAAGGGCAGUGUGCUCCACAGGAUAAAAAUACAGAUGGUGGUCAAAGUGCGUUGACACUUUCCAAUGUCGCUGGAAUAUUCUACAUUUUAAUUGUAGGACUGGUCUUAGCCAUUAUUGUGGCUGUUGCUGAAUACUUAUAUAAAUCUAAGUUAGACAGUAAAAAAUCUAAGACAUCCUUUGGACUAGCUCUGAAGUCAAAUGCCAGACUGUCAUUUCGCGGACAUCCGGCUAGAGAAGACAGCAGUUCUGGAACACCACUUAGAAAGUCUAUGUCAACGUAUACAUACUCAGGACCAUCACAAAGUAUGGGAUUCGAUACCGUUACAGAUGGAAACACACACACCCAAGUGUGAUUUCAGGAAACAUUGCUGGAACACCAUAGCCCUGGAAGGAAAUGAUAAUAAUAAUAUAAAAAUUUUAAAAAAAGGAAAAGAAGAGAAAGAAGAAAAAACAAGGAAAAAAAAUCCAUAUUAGCCGUUAUUUGAUCAAGUUUAAUGUUAGGAUAUUAAUUCCGGGAUCCAAAUGGAACUCCAAGCCGAAAUAUAUGCAUUUUUUUUUCCAAUAUAUAUAUAGGAAAGAACUCACUGGAAGGGAAUUGUAGAGUUUUGAAAAGAUAAUACUGUCAUAUAUACACAUACAUACAUUCGUAUAUUCAUGCAUAGACAAAAGGAAAGAUACCUUAAACAGGAAACCUACUGUUUUUAUGUUGUAUUUAAAAUUUAAAAGAGAAUAUACAUAUUUAGAAUAACAUAUCAUUAAAUCCCUUUACAACAAAACUAUAAACUUAUUUAAUACUUAAUACUCUAAAUGUUUCAUCGACUAACGUGUACGCACACACAUACAUAUAUAUAUAUAUAUACAUGUGCACACAAGCACACACGUGUACAACCGUGUAUACAUUCUCACACACUCAGAUUUAUACAUAUAUACAUACGUAUACACACACAUUUAUACAUAUAUAUAUGUGUGUGUGUGUAUACAUAUAUAUGUAUUGACAAAGAAUACGUAUAUACACAUAUAUGAUUAUGCUGUGUGUAUAUAUGUGUGUAUACACACAAACACACACCUACACAGAUGCAAUGAACAAACUUAUAUACACGCACAAAUGCAUGUAUAUUUGUGUGUAGGUAUGUAAGUGUGUUUAUUUUUGUGCGUAUAGAUUCAUACAUAUA